AAGUGUUGGGUUCGUGUGCGCCCGUGUCAGUUGGCCGGUAUAAAAGGCCGCCCGUCACAACAGUCGACUCAUCUCGCUUCAAGCUGCUGAUCCAAGAUGAAAGUCGCCGCCGUCCUCGUCCUCUGCGGGACCCUGUUCUGCCUGGCACACAGCAACACCCUGGACUCCUGUGAGGGCCGCUGUGGGGCUUCACUGGACAAUACCUACACCUGUCAGUGCAACGCACACUGUGAGAACUUCAAUGACUGCUGCACAGACUACUACACUCUAUGCAAAGAUGCAGCCACGUCCUGUGUAGGCCGGUGUGGGGAGCAGUACAACGCCCAGAACCCGUGCCACUGCAACUCUCUGUGCCCCCAGUACAACAACUGCUGCAGCGACUACUCACAACUCUGUGACAGUAGUGGGAGUACCACAGAUGCAGAAAUCAAAGCUGUCUCUGAAACACUUUACACUCUGGACUCAAACAAAGCUUCCGCCUCCCAGCUGAAGAUUGACCCUCAGGCUCUGGUGGCAGAUUCCCAGACCGCCUCUCAGAAUGACCUCUCUUCUUCCCGAUUGUUUAGCUACUUGGAUGAGGGCACUCUGUUUUCCAGACCAACCUACGCUGCUUUCCUGGCUUUGCUGGACAACUAUAACCGGAUGACCGGAACGACGGAGAGCUUCACCUCCCAGCAGCUGGCUGAGCAGGACACCUUCCUCAAGGAAACCAUGUCCAACACUGCGGUGGGCAAGGAGCUGUUUGCUUUCCUGUACACCAAAGGGUAUUAUGGGUCUGAGGCCGAGUUUAUCCAGGACCUGAAGAACAUGUGGUUUGGCCUGUACUCUCGCUUUAAUGGCAAGAUGGACUCCAGCGGCUUUGAACACAUCUUUGCAGGAGAAAUCAAGGGAGGAAAGGUGUCGGGUUUCCACAACUGGAUCCGGUUUUACCUUCUUGAGAAAACUGGCGAGCUGAACUACUACAGCCACAGCUUCAAUGGGCCUUGGACAUCCUAUCCUGACGUUCUGGGGAUGCAGUUCAUGUGGGACGGCUACUACAAGCAGGUCGGCUCUGCAAUCAUUGGCUGCAGUCCUGAAUUUGAUUUUGCCCUCUACAGUCUCUGCUACAUCACCCGGCCAGGAAAACAGUGUCGCUUAAGUGUGGGAGGAAAUGAGCUCAUCAUCCAAACUUACACCUGGGAAAACUCCUUCUAUGGGGACGGAAAGAAGUUCAUUGGCUCCGCCUACCCUGCAACUCCUUGAAACUCAGGCUGGACUGUAUAUGUCAGUCGGUCUGCUUGUAUUUUGUCACAGAUUUAACACAAUGUUUUCUUUACAUGUGGUCAGAUAAGUGAAUUCCAGCUUCACUCAUUCGUUCACUCCUUCCCUGAUGAAAUAAAGCAGAUCAGUUUGCAACAGCGA